UAUAGCGCUGGGGCUGACCGGCCUCUCUUGCUGCUGCUUCCCAGGCGGCUGGUCGUGUUUGGCCCGGCUCGUGGCCAUGCCGCAUCUCCGCGCCGAGCGGUGAGGCUGCACCGCCCCUGCAUACCGCGGCAGCGGCGUGAAGCCGCUGGAGGAUGAAGCGGGCGAGGCGGGCCCCGCCGCGCCCCCUGCCCGUGCUGGGGCUGCUACUGCUGGGUGCCCUGCCGGGGCUCUGGACGGUGUUGCUGUGGCGGGAGGCGACAGCACAGAGGGAUACGGAUCUAGAGCCGCUCCCGCCCGGGGGUCCGCGCCUGGGGCGGUGGGGCUUGGAGCGUUCGCCAGCGGCGUGGCGCAAGCCCAGUGGCGGUGGGCAGAAAACUUUCCGAGCGCUGUUGGCGUUGCCGCCGGCGGGCCAGGAGGAGCGGGGCGGCGAAGGGCGGUUCGCAACUGCUGGCGCGCCGCAGCCGGCCUUCGCCGCCUCUCCGGUUGAGCGGGGUAUUUUCUGGAGCCGUGAUCUGGAAGACCAGGUGCCGCCGGGCUUCCCGGCGGAGGAGACGGCGGCGUGGCUGUCGGUCGCUCGCGCCGCUCGCGUGGCCUCUCUGGAGCGGGGCGGCUGCGGGCGCAGCUCCAACCGGCUGGCACGGCUGUCGGAUGGCAGCCGCGCCUGCGUUCGCUACGGCAUCAACCCGGAGCAGAUCCAGGGUGAGGCGCUCUCCUACCACCUGGCUGGGGUGCUGGGCAUGCAGGAGCGGCUGCUGCCUAUGGCCCUUGCCCUGGUGGAGGCCCGCGGGCGGCAGUGGGAGCCGGUGCGGGAGGAGCUGCACGGCUCGCACUGGACCGAGGGCGCUGUGGUCAGCCUAACCCGCUGGGUGGACAACCUCACCGCCGUGGUGGCCCCUGCGCCCUGGAGCGCCGAGGUGGACACGGGCCGGCAACUCCAGCCGCUGUCGGCGGGAGAGCUGGGCAGCCUGCCCCCUUCUCAGCUCGUGGAGCUGGUGCAGUGGAGCGACCUGAUCCUCUUCGAUUACCUGACAGCCAACUUUGACCGCCUGGUCAGCAAUCUCUUCAGCCUACAAUGGGACCCCCGAGUUAUGCACCGCGCCACCAGCAACCUGCUUCGCGCCCCUGACGGCGGGCUCGUCUUCAUGGACAAUGAGGCGGGGCUAGUGCAUGGCUACCGCGUCCUCGCCAUGUGGGACCCCUACAACGAGCCAUUGCUCCGCUCUGUCUGCGUCUUCCGCGAGGGCACGGCGCGGCGCGUCGCAGAGCUGCACCGCCGCCGCAGCGCUGCCGCCGAGCUGCGCCGCCGCUAUCGGGCGCGGGAGCCGCUCUGGGCCCGCCUCGGCUUCCUCUCGGAGCGGCAGGCUGAGCUGCUGCAGGCCCGCGUCGACUUCGUGCACCGCCACAUUGCCCAUUGCCGCGCACAGGCUGCUGUGCUCUGACGCUUCGGGGCGGUUAGAGGGGUGGCGGCAAAAGCCGGCUGCCUUCACUACUCUGCUAUUUCUCUCCUCCGAGGGAGGAGGACUUAAUUGCCCUGGUGGCCGCCAAACGCUGGGGUAGACCCUGCCCACCACUUCGGGACCCCGUGACUUCCGCGACUGUUUUCUCUAACCCUGCAGGGUUUGGAGGAGGAGGCGGAAUUGGACGCUCACUCUCGAGUGCGGAUAAUAACCGGCUACUUGCCUGCUGGAGCUGUCCAGAGGAUUCAUUAAUACGCCUUUGUCAAGAUCUCUGAAGAUGCGCAGCACGAUUGAUGUAAUUAUACUCGAGUUCAACUCCGGGGGUGUGCUCCCAGAGCUUGAAAAAAUGAGAAGAUUCAGCAUCUUCAGUUAUUUUCUUAAGUCUCUUGGAGCACUCCCAGUCACAAAGACGUUGGCGUCUUUGUUUAGGUCUUUUCCUUCCAAAGGAGGCAGAUGGAAACAUUGUUUUAUAUUUUUUUCCUUUUGCGACAGCAUAUUUAAGUAUGAAUAUUGAUACCCACAGACCAAAAACUGAUUGCAUAAUAGAGGACCCUCUAACUAGCAAAACUGCCCUAUUUAUGAAGCUUAUUUCUUAGAGAUUUUCUUUAGAGAGUGAAACUUUUUGCUGAUAAGUCUUGUCUAUGAGAAGUAUAUAAGAAGCCCAUAUUCCAUUUGUUUAGACCGUUGUGGAUGCAUCUGGUUAAACUGUUUUGAUUCUUAAGCUUUUGUUUGUAAUCACCACCAUCAUCGUUUCAUCUGACCAGUAGAGUAACUGACAAAUGGGUGUCACAAGAGAAUCUCACAGGUUUUAAAAACAUUGCUAUGUGCUAAGCCUUUGAGGUAAUAGUUAAAGUGGAGGAAAAACUUGUUUGAUGCACUUUACUUUGACUUUUUAGUUUUUUAUAAAAGAAGACCUUUUUAUUUUAUAAAGUCUGCCUUUGAUGUACAUUAUACAUGUUCAUAAGUUUUUCUGUUACAUACUAAAGAAACUGAUAUUUCAGUAAA